ACACUAGCUUUGUUGUUUAUAAUGUAAAUGUAAACUUCGUGGCGAAGGCACCAAAAACUGAAUCAAACUAGACUUGACCAGUCAACACCUUUAAUCUUUUUCUUCCACUAUACAAUCGCAUUCUCUUCUCAUUCUCUUACUUCCAAGGAGAAUUUACAGACAACUGAGAACAUGGACUUGGAAGGAAGUGAAAAGGAUUCAGUGGUUACUCAGGUUAGCAUUGGUGGAUUUGACAGUGAGGUCACAGCAAGUGAUCUUGUGACGUACUUGGAAGAUAAAAUUGGACUUGUGUACAGAUGUCGGUUGAAAACUUCUUGGACCCCUCCAGAGUCUUAUCCAGAAUUUAAUAUCAUUGAUACUGCACAGAUUAAAAAAACAGAUGUCUAUCAGAAGGUUGAGCCUCACGCCUUUGUUCAUUUUGCAUCACCAGGAUCUGUAACUACGGCCCUGAAUGCUUCAGGUUGUUGUGAUCUAUUUUUGAAAAAUCAACCAUUAAAGGUCAGCCGCGGGCCUGAAAAUCCAUUCUUCCUGAACCAAAGGAGGAGAACUACAAUUCCUUUUAAAAUGUCUGAUGUACUUGUUGAAAUUGGGACUUUGGUUGGCCCAGAGGAGUUUUUUGUUGCUUGGAGAGGACCUGAUAAAGGCGUAAAAUUUCUAGUGGAUCCUUUUGAUGGCCAGUGCAAGAUUUGUUUCAAUAGAGAUACUGCAUUUUCAUUCAAAGGAAUAGAAAAAAAAGCUGUGAUAAAGUGUGAUUUUCAGGUGGGAUUCUUGGUUAGAGACAUUAAUGAGAUCAGGAGAUAUAAUGACACAUCAUAUCUCGUUGUUUUAUUACACCUAGCUUCAUCACCUUGGGUUUGGUACAGAACUGCCGAUGAUGAUAUUGAAGAAUUAGUCCCAUUUGAUUUGCUGGAUGAUGAUGAUCCUUGGAUUAGGACCACUGAUUUUACACCUAGUGGGGCAAUUGGUCGAUGCAAUUUUUAUAGAAUUUCAAUCCCUCCUCGCUAUGGUGCAAAAUUGAUGAAGGCUAUGCUUUAUCUGAAAGGACAAAGAGUGCAAGUGCAAGAAAUUCCUCUUCGACGACCACUUAGGAUACUGGAUGAACCUGAUUUUGGGGUGUCCAUGUCAGAUGCCUUCUUCUAUAUAAAUUUUCAGAAGGGCAUUGCCUUUGAUAUACUGUUCUUGGUCAAUGCCAUCAUACACAAAGGCAUAUUCAAUCAGCACAGGUUGUCAGAUAGGUUUUUUGAAUUGCUGAGAAAUCAACCUAUGGAGCUUAAUGUGGCUGCCCUGAAGCAUUUAUGUUCUUACAAACGUCCAGUGUUUGAUGCAACCAAGAGGCUAAAAACAGUCCAAGAUUGGUUGCUCAGAAAUCCUAAACUUUAUCAGGGUUCUAAACAGUUAGAUGACAUUGUUGAGGUUAGAAGAUUGGUUAUUACUCCAACAAAAGCCUAUUGUGUACCACCAGAAGUUGAAUUGUCCAACAGGGUUCUCAGAAGAUUCAGAGAUGUUUCAGAUCGUUUCUUGAGAGUAGCCUUUAUGGAUGAGGGCAUGCAAACAAUUAAUGUGAAUGCUCUUAAUUAUUAUGUUGCUCCAAUAGUGAAGGAGAUCACGUCAAACUCUUUUCCACAAAAGACAAGAAUAUAUAAAAGGAUCAAGACCAUCCUGGAAGAAGGAUUUCACUUUUGUGGCCGAAAGUAUUCGUUUUUGGCCUUUUCAUCCAAUCAACUUCGAGAUCGUUCUGCUUGGUUUUUUGCUGAAGACAAAAACAUAAGUUGCGUUAAAAUACGAAAUUGGAUGGGCAGAUUUAAUCAAAGAAAUAUAGCAAAAUGUGCUGCCAGGAUGGGACAAUGCUUCUCAUCUACUUAUGCAACGGUUGAAGUUGUCGCAAAUGAAGUUAACUCCAUGCUGCCUGAUGUUGAGAGGAAUAAUUAUGUUUUCUCUGAUGGCAUUGGUAUCAUCACUCCUGAUCUUGCCAGUGAAGUUGCAGAAAAAUUGAAAUUGGACAGUGUACCCUCUGCUUACCAGAUCAGAUAUGCUGGUUUUAAAGGGGUUGUAGCCUCUUGGCCUGCUAAAGGGGAUGGGAUCAGACUUUCUUUGAGGCCUAGUAUGGACAAGUUUCAAUCUACUCAUACUAUCUUAGAGAUUUGUGCUUGGACUAGGUUUCAGCCUGGUUUUCUUAACAGGCAGAUCAUAACAUUGCUUUCAGCACUGAGUGUACCUGAUGAAAUAUUUUGGAAAAUGCAGGAGGCUAUGCUUUUGAGGUUAAAUCAAAUGCUUCUGGAUGCAGAUAUCGCUUUUGAUGUUCUCACCAAAUCAUGUGCUGAGCAUGGAAAUGCUGCAGCAAUAAUGUUAAGUUGUGGCUUCAGUCCCCAAACUGAACCUCAUCUCAGAGGUAUGUUAACUUCUGUACGUGCUGCACAGCUUUGGGGACUUAGAGAAAAGUCCAGGAUUUUUGUAUCAUCUGGGCGAUGGUUGAUGGGUGUCUUAGAUGAGUUGGGUGAGCUUGAACAAGGGCAGUGCUUUGUUCAAGUGUCUACUCCUUCUAUUGAAAAUUGUUUCUCAAAGCAUGGCUCAAGAUUUUCAGAAACAAAGAGCCUGCAAGUAGUUAAAGGUUUGGUGGUUAUAGCCAAAAAUCCUUGUCUUCAUCCUGGAGACGUAAGAGUUUUGGAGGCAGUUGAUGCCCCUGGUUUGCAUCAUUUAUACGAUUGUCUUGUUUUCCCUCAAAAGGGUGACAGACCCCAUACAAAUGAAGCUUCUGGAAGUGACCUUGACGGGGAUCUAUAUUUUGUCACGUGGGAUGAAAAUCUUAUUCCACCAAGUAAGAGGAGCUGGAUACCUAUGGCUUAUGCUGCUCAAGAAAGCAAGCUUCAGACACGUCAAGUCACUACCCGAGACAUCAUAGAUUUUUUUGCCAAAAACAUGGUAAAUGAGCAUUUGGGUGCAAUCUGCAAUGCACAUGUGGUACAUGCUGAUUGCAGUGACUACGGUGCCUUGGAUGAGAAAUGUAUAUGCUUGGCUGAGCUAGCAGCCACUGCUGUUGAUUUUCCAAAGACCGGGAAGGUUGUCUCCAUGCCUCCUCAGCUGAAACCAAAACUGUAUCCUGAUUUCAUGGGGAAAGAGCAGCACCAGUCUUACAAGUCCAAUAAAAUCCUGGGUAGACUUUACCGGCGUAUCAGAGAUGCUUAUGAUAACGAUAUUGAUUCUGCUGAUUUGAAUUAUGUGACAGGUGAUAUACCAUACGACAAAGAUCUUGAGGUUCCUGGAUCUGGUGAUUUUAUUGAUGAUGCGUGGGAACAAAAGUGCUCAUACGAUGCCCAGUUGAGUGCACUACUUGGUCAAUACAAAGUAAAAAGAGAAGAAGAAGUUGUCACUGGACAGAUCUGGUCCAUGCCAAAAUACAACAGUAGGAAGCAAGGGGAACUUAAGGAGAGGUUGAAACAUUCAUACAGUGCCCUGAAAAAGGAAUUUAGGCAAACUUUUGAGAAAUUGAAUUCAGAUGGUGCAGAAUUAAGUGAGGAAGAUAAAAACUUACUGUAUGAGCAGAAAGCUUCAGCCUGGUAUCAGGUUACAUAUCAUCCUAUAUGGGUGAAAAAAUCCCUUGAUCUGCAAGAUAAGUCCCCAGGGAACCAAGAGCCAGAUAGUUUCGGAAGUGUGGUGAUGUUGAGUUUUCCUUGGAUUGCAGUUGAUUACCUAGCUCGCACGAAGAUAAAGCAUCGAACAGUUGGAAAUUUUGAUUCAACCAAGCCAGUGGAUUCACUGGCAAAGUAUCUGUCUGAAAGGUUAUAACUCAACUCAAUUGAAUUUGCCGUUGGCUUCAAGGCCACUCUGCCAUUCUCAAAUAUCACAGUGAACUUGUGUAUAAUAUCCCAUAUGGAGGUCUUCGAUUGGUAUUCACUGUUCAGUUCACCUAAACUGCUUUGGUCUGUAACUAGGCUUGAUCCCGUGCCAGGAAUUGCCUUCAGACUCUAAUUAGUUGCAUUUGAUAUAUGGCCUGUAUUUUCUACCAGUCCUGUUGUGCAUGUGGUUGAUUCAAUAUAUGUGAUGGUGAUUGUGAUUGAAUUCUGUUUCUUGACCUUUCUAAACUUAAUCAAUUUAUAUUUGUUU